CCCGCGCCCCCCCGCGCCCCCCCCCCAGCCCCGGCCGGACAAGUUCCCGGACAGCCUGGAGCCACCAGGGGGCGCGCCGGCGCCCACCAACGAGGCGCUGCUGUUCCACGAGAAGUGCGGGGCGCUCAUCAAACUCAGCAACGGGCACAAAACGGCCGAGCGGCGGCGGCCGCUGGACGAGUUCAACAACGGCGUGGUGCUGACCAACCGCCCGCUGCGCGACGGGGAGAUGUUCGAGAUCCGCAUCGACAAACUGGUGGACAAAUGGUCGGGGUCCAUCGAGAUCGGGGUCACGGCGCACAACCCCAACAGCCUGGAGUACCCGGCCACCAUGACCAACCUGCGCUCAGGGACCAUCAUGAUGAGCGGCUGCGGGAUCCUGACCAACGGCAAAGGGACGCGCCGGGAGUACUGCGAGUUCAGCCUGGACGAGCUGCAGGAGGGGGAUCACAUCGGCCUGACCCGAAAGGCCAACAACGCCCUGCACUUCUACAUCAACGGCGUGGACCAAGGCGUGGCCACCACCCUCACGCCGCAGGUGGUGUACGGCGUGGUGGACCUGUACGGGAUGGCCGUCAAGGUGACCAUCGUGCACGACCACAACCACAGCGACCGCCUGCGCCGCAACAACGCCAUCCUGCGCGCGCUGUCCCCCGAGGGGACGCCGGGGACGCCGCGCCGCCCGCCCGCCGCCGCGCCCCAGCCGCCCGCGCCGCGCCUGCUCUUCCACCCCAACUGCGGCCAGAAGGCGGCCGUGGUCAACGAGGGCCGGACGGCGCUGCGGCCGCAUGCCACGGACGAUUUCAACCACGGCGUGGUGCUGAGCGCGCGGCCCCUCGGGGACAACGAGCUGUUCCAGGUGCGGCUGGACAAGAUGGUGGACAAGUGGGCGGGGUCCAUCGAGAUCGGCGUCACCACCCACAACCCGGCCUACCUGCAGCUGCCGUCCACCAUGACCAACCUGCGCUCAGGCACGUGGAUGAUGACUGGCAAUGGCGUCAUGCACAACGGCACCACCGUGCUGGACGAGUACGGCCACAACCUCGACCGCCUCAAGGCGGGGGACACGGUGGGCGUGGUGCGCAGGGACGACGGCACCCUGCACUUCUUCGUCAACGGAGCCCCCCAGGGCCCCGCCGCCUGGAACGUGCCCCCAAACGUCUACGCCGUGGUGGAUCUGUACGGACAGGCGGCACAGGCCACCAUCGUGGAGGAGGGAGAGGCGCCGGCGCUGUGCGGGGACGGCUCCGAGGGUGACAGCGGCGGCGGCAGCCCCGAGAGCGCCGCGUCGCCGAGCGACCUGCGCUUCCACCGCCUGCACGGCGCCAACGCCGUCAUCACCAACGGCGGCCGCACCGCGCUGCGCCAGAACUGCCGCUCCGAGUUCAACGACGCCAUCGUCAUCUCCAACCGGGCUCUGAGGGACGGGGAGCUGUUCGAGAUCGUCAUCCAGAAGAUGGUGGAUCGAUGGUCGGGGUCCAUCGAGGCCGGUGUCACCGCCAUCCGCCCCGAGGACCUGGAGUUCCCCAACACCAUGACGGACAUCGACUACGACACCUGGAUGCUCAGCGGCACGGCCAUCAUGCAGGACGGGAACACCAUGCGCAACAACUACGGCUGCGACCUGGACGCGCUGGGGACGGGCGCCAGGAUCGGCAUGAUGCGCACCGGGGCCGGCGACCUGCGCUACUUCAUCGACGGCGCCGACCAGGGCGUGGCCUGCUCGGGGCUGCCGCCGGAGGUGUACGCCGUGGUGGAUCUCUAUGGUCAGUGUGUCCAGGUGUCGCUGACCGGCGCCUCCGGCCCGGCCGACAACAGCCUGAGCCCGGGCACCGCCCCCGAGAAAGCCCCGCCCCCCUCGCCAGCGCCGGGGCCGUGCCAGCGCUUCCACGGCCGCUGCGGUCAGAACGUGGCGCUGGGCGCCGAGGGCCUGGGCGCGGCGCGCGUGGCCGGGUACUGCCACGGCCUGGUGUUCAGCCGCUCCCACCUGCGCCCCGGGGAGCUCUUCGAGGUGCGCAUCGAGGCUCUGGACGAGCGCUGGGCGGGCUCUCUGCGGGUGGGGCUGACGGCGCUGCCCCCCGGCCAGGGCCCCCCCGGCCCCCCGGCGCUGCCCCCCACGCUGCUGGACCUGCCCGCGCCGCCCACCUGGGCCGUGGCCGGCGCCGAGGUGCGGCACAACGGCGCCAGGCUGCGGCACAACUACGGCGUCAGCCUGGACCGACUGGCG